CGACUGUGAACAUGGCCUCCCUGGAAACUGUUAACGAGCUGGCUGCCGGCAGCGUAGCAGGUGCAGCGCAAGUGAUAGUUGGACAACCUCUGGACACGAUCAAGACUCGUGCACAGAUAGCCCCUAAGGGAAUGUUUAAAGGACCCAUGGAUAUCCUAGUACAGACCGUACGGAAAGAGGGUAUUCUCGCACUAUACAAAGGCAUGCUCAGCCCACUGAUUGGCAUAGCCGGCGUCAACUCGUUAUUAUUCGCUGCAUAUGGCGCAUCCAAGCGUAUCGUCUCUCCCUUUCCUGACCUCUCCUUGAAGCAGAUCGCCCUCGCCGGAGCGAUGGCAGGCGCAGCAAAUGCCAUAUUAGCCAGCCCAGUGGAGAUGUUGAAGGUCCGAAUGCAGGGCCAGUACGGCUCCCCUUCUGACAAACGCCUGAGUGUCAUCGCUCGUGAAAUGUGGAAGGAGUGGGGCUUCAGACAGGGCAUCAUGCGAGGAUAUUGGGUAACCGUGGCUCGGGAGAUUCCUGCAUAUGCGGGCUUCUAUUCUGCUUUUGAGUUCUCGAAACGCAAGUUCGCGCAGAGAUACGGUCAGCAGCAGUUGCCCAUCUGGGCCCUGUUGACCAGCGGUGCUACGGGAGGGAUUGCAUAUUGGCUUGCAUGUUAUCCGCUAGAUGUCAUCAAAUCCCGCGUUCAGCUUCGCCCUAUCCCCCCGACUGGUAACCCAUUCCAGUACAUUAACGCAGAGUUCAGAGCCAUCCUUGGUGAAUCCGGAUUUGCGGGGCUGUACAGGGGGUUAACACCAUCUCUCAUAAGAAGUAUACCCGCGGCGGCAAGCACCUUUGCAGCGUUCGAGUUGACACGAGAAUAUUUGAAGGAACUGACGGGCAUUUAAGACUAGUAUUUAUUUCAGAGGGACCACUCAAUACAAUGCUACAUUUGUUCAGGCUUGGAAGCGCCCUAUCACUAUUCUAAGUUCC